CAAAUAUGCCGGGGAAGACGAAUCUCGGCCACUAUUUAGCAAAUACCGCAUGAGAUUUACCAAAUGCCGUCCCUCCGAGUCCCUAGCAUCUGCCGGGAACAUAAAGCCACCUCCCUUCCCUCCAUCCUUCACUGCCACCCAAGAAAGCGUUAAUGGCAAAUAGCGACCACGGCCAAGCUCUGCUGUUCUUGCCUCCGAGCCAGCAUUAUGCCAAGUUCCUCCACACCGCGAGGCGCCACCCUGUCCCCAAGCCAGCAGGAGGGGCGUCAGGCCGCGGCCCGGACCCCGGGCCAAGGGCUGGGAGAGAUCUGAGCGUCCGGGCCUCAAACACCUCCGGGCUGGAGGUGGGUCGAGAAUCAAGUCCGGGCGUGGCGGCCUAGGGUGUCUCAGCCGAAUUCUUCCAUGCAGCCGGGAGGCUGUAUGUCCGAACCGCGUAGCUGAACUACAACUCCCAGGACCACAGCUGACCGGACUUCCGGAAGCCAAAGCCGGGCGGGGAGGAAGCUGUUGAGAUCCGGCCAAGAGGCCGGGGGUUAAUUUAGCAAGAAAAACGGGGGGCGGGAAGAGCUAUAGGGCUAACCUGUCAAUUCGCCACCAUGAACGUGGUUUUUGCUGUGAAGCAGUACAUUUCCAAAAUGAUAGAGGACAGCGGACCGGGCAUGAAAGUACUUCUCAUGGAUAAAGAGACGACCGGCAUAGUGAGUAUGGUAUACACACAAUCGGAAAUUCUCCAGAAGGAAGUGUACCUUUUUGAACGCAUUGAUUCUCAAAAUCGAGAGAUCAUGAAACACCUGAAAGCAAUUUGUUUUCUUCGACCUACAAAGGAGAAUGUGGAUUAUCUGAUUCAGGAGCUCCGAAGACCCAAAUACAGUAUAUAUUUUAUUUAUUUCAGUAAUGUGAUCAGCAAGAGUGAUGUGAAGUCAUUAGCUGAAGCUGAUGAACAGGAAGUUGUGGCUGAGGUUCAGGUAAAGGAAUUUUAUGGUGAUUACAUUGCUGUGAAUCCACAUUUGUUUUCCCUCAAUAUUCUGGGUUGCUGCCAGGGUCGAAAUUGGGAUCCAGUCCAACUAUCCAGAGCAACUCAAGGACUGACAGCUCUCCUUUUAUCUCUGAAGAAAUGUCCCAUGAUUCGUUACCAGCUUUCAUCAGAGACAGCAAAGAGACUUGCAGAAUGCGUUAAGCAAGUGAUAACUAAAGAAUAUGAACUGUUUGAAUUCCGGCGGACUGAGGUUCCUCCAUUGCUACUUAUUUUAGAUCGCUGCGAUGAUGCCAUCACCCCAUUGCUAAACCAGUGGACAUAUCAGGCCAUGGUCCAUGAACUACUGGGCAUAAACAACAAUCGGAUUGAUCUUUCCAGAGUGCCAGGGAUCAGUAAAGACUUGAGAGAGGUGGUCCUAUCUGCUGAAAAUGAUGAAUUCUACGCUAACAAUAUGUACCUGAACUUUGCUGAGAUUGGUAGCAACAUAAAGAAUCUCAUGGAAGACUUUCAGAAGAAGAAACCAAAAGAACAGCAAAAACUAGAAUCAAUAGCAGACAUGAAGGCCUUUGUUGAGAAUUACCCACAAUUCAAGAAGAUGUCUGGAACUGUAUCAAAGCACGUGACAGUGGUUGGAGAGCUGUCUCGGUUGGUCAGUGAGCGGAAUCUGCUGGAGGUUUCGGAGGUUGAGCAAGAACUGGCCUGUCAAAAUGACCAUUCUAGUGCUCUCCAGAAUGUAAAGAGGCUCCUGCAGAACCCCAAAGUGACAGAGUUUGAUGCUGCGCGCCUGGUGAUGCUUUAUGCGCUACAUUAUGAGCGACACAGCAGCAAUAGCCUACCAGGAUUAAUGAUGGACCUUAGGAAUAAAGGUGUUUCUGAGAAGUAUCGAAAGCUUGUGUCUACAGUUGUUGAAUAUGGUGGUAAACGGGUCAGAGGAAGUGACCUCUUCAGCCCCAAAGAUGCUGUGGCUAUUACCAAACAGUUCCUCAAAGGACUGAAGGGAGUAGAAAAUGUGUAUACUCAGCAUCAGCCUUUCUUACAUGAGACCCUGGACCAUCUCAUCAAAGGAAAGCUCAAGGAAAACCUGUAUCCUUAUCUAGGCCCCAGCACACUCAGAGACAGACCUCAGGAUAUCAUUGUGUUUAUAAUUGGAGGAGCCACCUAUGAAGAGGCUCUAACAGUUUAUAACCUGAACCGUACCACUCCUGGAGUGAGGAUUGUCCUGGGGGGAACCACUGUGCAUAACACGAAAAGUUUCCUAGAGGAAGUUCUGGCUUCUGGACUGCACAGCCGAAGCAAGGAGCGCUCCCAAGUUACAUCAAGGUUAGCAAGCAGAAGAUGAAAUGAUGAUGGAGAGGUGAGAAGAAUGGCGCAACUUCCCCUCUUGCCUCGCUGCAGGCUUUCUCCACUGACCAGAAGGGUGUUGGAGAAGAGCCUUGGGUUUUGUGCUUCUUGUUAUAACCCAUCUCCAGGUAGCCUGCUGAUUCCUGAACUGUUGGCACAGACACCAAGACUCCAGUGGUGAGUUGAGAAUAAGUCUGAGCCCAUUCCAACCCACUUUUCUCAUGUUUUCUUUAUCAAAUAAAUAAAUGUAUUCCUUGUAUUUGAUAGCACAAUCACUUCAGUUUCUGGCAAAUUUUGUUGGGAUCUUACUUGAGAAAAGGGUUAUCAGAGGUUAAAGGAGUUUUAAAAAGUAAAAAUCAGAUGCACAUACUGUAGACUCUUCUCUUGACCCCUUUUAUUUUUCAUUAACCACAUUCCUGAACAACUCAUUUCUGAAAACCCAUCAUAUUUCUGUAAGAACCAUCCAAAAAUUGUCCCUAAAUUGCAAUUUUCUGUGGAACUGAGAAACCAUGUAUGACUACAAUAAAAAUCCAUUUUGUGAAAAGACACAA